AUGGUUAAAAUGACUAGAAGAGCAAAGGACCCAAAUAGGUUGACUAAAAUAGAGCUGUGUGCAAUAUUAAAUAAGCUGGGGGUUAGUAGGAUUACAGUUCGAAGCACUAAAAAGGAAAUCAUAGAUGAAUUCAAAAGAAACAAGAAACAGAUCGAAGCAAGGCAAAAGGAGGCGAUAAUGAUUCUUAAGGAACUUGACAGUGUUAAAAGCAAGGAUAAAGAAAAGAAAAAAGUAGAAAAGCGGAAAAGCGAAGAGCCUAAUAAAGGAAAAAGAGGGAAAAAAGGCACAGACAAGCCAAUAAAUGCUGCGGCCAUUCCAAAUAAUGAUAGUAAUGAUCUUAAUACACCAGGUAUUAAUAAACAAAAUCAGUUAUCAGAAAGCGGACUUACUGAUCUACUAGAGAAAAAACAGAUAGAGCAAGUCUCUGCACAAUCAAAAAAGAAACCGGUACGUGUAUCACACCAUGGCCUGCUUAGUAAAUCUAAAGCUACUGUAAAAGAGGAGGAUCCUGCUAAAGAGGUGAAUGUUUUUUCCAAGAGAGUAGAGGAGAAACAAACAAACAAACAAGUAAACUUAGCAACAAAAGCACGCUUAUAUAUACAAAACAUAUACACAAGGAGGAUGUUUUUAAAAGGAAGAUAUAGCAAGAUACUUAUUGUUGGGGUAACAGUAGGUGUUAUCGCAACCAUGGCAGCGUACACGCUUUCUACACAGAAGGGCCAUGCUGGUGGUACGGGAGUGAUUGAAUCAGCAAAGAAAUAUUUAGUAAAUAAGAUGCAUCUUAGAAAACAGGAGGCCGAUUCAGUUCAAGCAAAACUUAAUGAAAUCGCUAUGGCAAAGAAGAAGCUAGAGGAUACAAAGAAAGAAAUUGAACUAAAGAAAAAAGAAAGCGGCAGAGCGCGAGGCCAAGCAAGCAGCAGAACUCAAAGCUAA